AUGGACGGGACACAGACACAGACUAGUUUGAUGAGUUCGAUGUGCGUACUUGGGAUAUACGUUGUCGGAUUCUCUGCCGACGUCUUGUUUAUGAUCAGGCAUGACCCUUUGCACAUUUUGCGACUUUCGGCUGAUGCGAAUGCAAAAGCGUGCGCAUUGGAGUGGAAUCCGCAAGUGGAUGGUACAUUUGCUGCCGCUACAUCUGAUGGCAUGCUAUCCUGCUAUUCCUUUGAUAUUGAAGUAAGCAUGAAUUACAUUGUUGUGAGGUACGACGGUAACAAUGUAACGUGUAUAGGCUGGAGCCCCAAAGGGAAACAGCUGGUGGUCGGAGAUUCAUCGGGUUACAUAAAGCAGUAUAAGCCAGAACUGACACUAGUUCGAACCGUGCCGCCUCCAACCAGUAUGAUUUUGCGUGAAGACGAUGCCACGGCAGAUGCGCAACAAUGUGUUGGAAUAAGUUGGCUUGCAACUACCGAUUUUCUCGUUGCUUAUGGGCCACAGUCUGGUCGAAGCCGAAGCAUGAAUGUCGCUUUGUUGUGUGUGAAAAAGGGCGCAUCGCCGCGUUGGACGUCUUUUGAAGAUACUUGUUUCUGCAGCGGAAAAAGCAAUUUUGAUGAAAAAGUCAAUUUUACACAGCUGCUUGAUUGGAAUUUGGUGCUUUGUUCAUCAUACCGUUCAAGCGAGAUAGUAGUGCUGGGUAAAAUUGGUGUUGACUGGAAAGUAUGGUAUUUGGAUGAUAGUGGACGAAUUGAAAUGCCACUUGAUGGAGCUCACUGUGAAAGCUUUCCGCUUGGUGUCUGUAUCGAUACGUCGUCAACAUUUCCAGUUAAACUUGGUAAAAUUUCAUACAAAUUUUUAGUUGGUUAUAUUUUUCGACGAAUCGGCUGUUUUUUUCUUAAAUCAUAUAUCAGCGCGAUUAGCGUGUGCCACUCUUUUCUGAACACGUUUAAUCCCUAA